AUGACGCAUUUUGACGCGUCUGCAUCUUGGUCCUUACUAUCACCAUCCUUGUUCUACAACAUGAACCCUAUGCAUUCUCAGCUGUAUCUUCAAAGUCAAGUUGGCCUCAUGAGCCCAUUCUCUGACAUGGGAAAUGAAUCUAUACACUCACAGCAGUUUAACGUGGACUUUCUCAAGACGAUGCAAAAUCAAACCUUUCUUAUACAAUCAAUUACUGAACAACAACUUCGAGCCUCCGGAAAUAUGGCAUUUACAAAGCUUGAGAAGGAAAAUCGGGAACUUCGAGAGAGAGUAGACGACCUUCAGACACAACUCCUCAAGUACGCGCUCUCAUCAAGCUCUCCUUUACUGCCGAGUUCUUCCUCUUCAUCCGCUGCUUCACUGCCUCCAGCAAGACCCAAGAUAACUCUCAAACAAGUUGAUUACCCCCUUGUCAGGCACUGGAAUCGAAGGCCAAAUGAUUCUUCACAACUGGCCGUCAUCAAAGUCACUAGCUUGGAGUCUCUUUCAGGCCUCUCAGAUGAUGACGGUACCUCGGAAAGCGAAGCACAAUCAGACUCUGACAGUAACAAUCAAUCUGUACCUCAAAAACGAAGAAAAAAGAACAGCAAGAAGAAGAGCGGAACAAGCAAGCGUGAUGGCGUACCAGCGUACCUUGAAGACGAGAACGGCAAGGUAAUCAAUCUGAGUACAAAGACGAUAGUUUACAACAAUGCUCGGUCUAUCUGGAAUCAACGAAUUGAUCUGCGGAAUCCGCCACCAAACUGGUCUUCUGCAGGGGCAGAUCUACGUGAUGAGUUUCGGGAUGUACUCGAGGAGAAACAUCCCUUUCUACAGCUAUGCUCACAUCGAUGGAAGGUGGAAGAGAUCUGGAAACGAAACUACCACAGUUGGCUCAAGGCUCGAUUGAAAAGGUUGGAUAAACCUUCCCCCCUGAAGAAAGCAAAACCGUCGGUGACAGACGAAUCUCAAUCUGCUGGACCUGCCUCGAAUUCCAGUUUCCCAGAAGCCGCAACGCCCGCAACUACCCUGUCUGAUGUAUUCACUGCUGGACCUGCAUCAAAUUCCAGUUUCCCAGAAGCUGUGAUGCCCACAACUACUGCUACCCUGUCUGCUGGACCUGCAUCGAAUUCAGGUCUCCCAGAAGCCGCGACGCCCGCAUUGACCGCGCCAAGAGAGCAAGCACCUCCAGCAGCUCAAGAUGUUGCUGUUCCCACUGCCUCCAAUGCAAGGAAAGAAAAAUCUCCCGUACUGCCUCAAGUUAAAAACAACUCCUCGAAUCAAUGUGACCCCCUCUUGGCAGCAAUCCACAUUGACAUUCAGUCGUUGGAGGACAGGAUAACUGGCCACUCAAAGCCAGAUGAAAAUACUGCAUCGAUUUCGACGCCAACCAGUCCAACAGCCAAUCAGCCAAGUGCCUCGGUGUCAGGGCCAAUACCAAACGAGCCAAGUACACCAUCAAUGGGAACUGGACCUACAUCUGACACCCCAACCACCCAGGCAAGUACACCUCACCCCUAA